AACACGCAAAGCUUCACUAUUCCCUAGGUGAAUGGCUGCUUCACUCAAAACAGCAAGAAAACAAGAAAACAGAAGCAAAGCAGAUGGCUUGCCAUUCUUCUGACAGCAAAUAUGUGGUGUGUCCCCCACACCCUUGAAUCCCCUUGGCUUCCUGCUGAAGGACCAGGUGUGGCCAAGCAGUGGAACACAGCUCCUUCCCGACUCCAGCGUGGUCGGGCCCUCAGACUCUAAAGACGCCACCAUCUUCACAGCUCCCUGCUCGGCAGCCCAGGAGUCACUGGAAGAUGUUUUUAACUGCAAAAAUACUUGGUUUUGCUCUGAGUGGUUUCCUAAGAGUGGCAACAGGCUUUGACAUUGGAUUAUCCACGAAAUGUGUGGUGAUACCCAAGGAGAUGGACAUGUGCCACAAGAUUGGGUACUCCGAAAUGAGGCUUCCCAACCUGAUGGGACACACGAGCAUGGCAGAAGUUAUCCUAAAAUCCACCACCUGGCAGCACCUCGCGCAUACAGACUGUCACCCUCACGUGAGGACAUUCCUGUGCUCCCUGUUUGCACCCAUCUGUUUAGACACGUUUAUCCACCCUUGUCGGAGCAUGUGUGUCGCCGUCCGUGAGAGCUGUGCCCCCGUGCUGGCCUGCCACGGGCACCCCUGGCCACACAGCCUGGACUGCCAGCGAUUCCCUGCCGACGAGGACAUGUGCCUGGCAUCUCUUACCAAGGAGCAUAAACACCUGCACAAAGUCCUACCAAAGCCUGCCUGCCAGGCCUGCCCAGCAGUGGAGGAAUUCUUUACGCACAAAAGAGUUCUUGAAGUUUUCUGUGACAAUGAUUUUGCAGUGAAAGUAAAGCUGUCCAAGAAGAGAACAGUAUUUGGUGACCAAGAGUAUAACAUUGAAUGCCAGGUGGAAUUCAUUACACAGGGCUCACUGUUGCCUUAUGAAACUCAGAAUAUGAUACAACAGUGGCUGCUUAUCAAUGAAAACUGCACGCAGAGGAUGACCCCUACCCAUCGUCCCAUGGUGUAUCUCCUCGUGGGAAAUAUUGAAGAGGGCGCCAUUUUAGUAAACCAGGUUUAUCGCUGGCAGAGAAGGGACUCCCAGCUGACUUUGGCCACACAGAAGUGGAGAUACCAUAAAUGUUUGUAAAUAGUUAUCGUAUUAUUUGUAAAAAAGAUUGUUAUACUUCUCAUGCCAAAACUAUAUUGUAAAUAGGAAUGUACUAUAAGUGGAAUGUAAAGUCUUAGUUUCCUUUUAAAUUGUAUUAUAGGUUGAACUUAAACCCCAGUGUUACCAGGCCUUCCUUCCGUAGUGUU